UCUUUAACAGUAAUGGCAUUUAUCAUAUGUUGAGUUAUUGUUGAUAAUUGAUACGAUCAACAAUUUUUAUAAAUCAUUAUUAGUCAUCCUUUUUCGUUUGCGUGCAAUUUACAAAAUGCAUCCAACUGUACAUAAAGAACCGCCAUAUCCACUAAACGCUGGGACAGGCAAUAGGGAUUUACCGCCCCCUUACAGCCCACCGAUAAAUGCUCAAAAUAUCAGCAAUCCUUAUCCGGGUGCACCCUAUUAUGCGCAAACGUUCGUAUCAAAUCCGCAAAAUGACCAGUUCAGCAAUGUACCAAUGUAUCCCCAGAUGAUCGGACCGAAUUACGGAUCGACCGCACCGAAUACCACGAUUAUUGUUCCACCUCAAAUUAUAACAGUCGGCGCUUGUCCGGCAUGUCGCAUUGGUGUAUUGGAGGACGACUACACAUGCUUGGGACUCUUGUGCGCGAUCCUAUUCUUCCCGAUCGGCAUACUGUGCUGUCUUGCUUUAAAGAAUCGCCGUUGUUCCGCAUGCGGAGCUUACUUUGGCUGAUGUUACGGGAUUGUUUAAUAUUGAUUGAAUGGUGAUACAUAAUGUGCUAGUUGUAGAGGCAUUUUAUGUAUUAGGCAUAAGCCACAAUGUAUAUAAGCUAUUUUACUUUGUUAUUGCUGUUUUCCAUGAGAUUUUAUAGAUACCUGUAUCAAUAAUUAAUAAACAAUUUGGACAUCGGUA